CGGCUCCGGGCGCCUCUCCCCCGGGGACACCCCCGAGGAGAUGGAACCCCGAGGGCACGGCGUGGCGGCCUGUGCGGGCCGCUCGCGUUAGGACCCAGAGGCUCUGGGGCUGGAGGGCGGGCGCCAGCCCCGUCGGGGGCCCGGAGGGGGACUCGGAGCGGGCCAAGGGGCGGCUCCGGCGGGCGGACUCGGAGCGGGCGGCGGAGUGACCCGGACAGCUGUCCUCUCUGACACCACUCCGGCCUGCCUCUUCGUUGCCAUGAGAGCUGCCUACCUCUUCCUGCUAUUCCUGCCUGACAGCCCAGACUACUAUGAUUAUCAAGAGGUGACUCCUCGGCCCUCCGAGGAACAGUUCCAGUUCCAGUCCCAGCAGCAAGUCCAACAGGAAGUCAUCCCAGCCCCAACCCCAGAACCAGGAAAUGCGGAGGCGGAGCCCACAGAGCCUGGGCCUCUUGACUGCCGUGAGGAACAGUACCCGUGCACCCGCCUCUACUCCAUACACAAGCCGUGCAAACAGUGUAUCAACGAGGUCUGCUUCUACAGCCUCCGCCGUGUGUACGUCGUUAACAAGGAGAUCUGUGUCCGUACAGUGUGUGCCCACGAGGAGCUCCUCCGAGCUGACCUGUGUCGGGACAAGUUCUCCAAAUGUGGCGUGAUGGCCAGCAGCGGCCUGUGCCAAUCUGUGGCGGCCUCCUGUGCCAGGAGCUGUGGGGGCUGCUAGGGUGGUGCUGGCAUCCGGAGUUCUGGCCCUCCUGGGAUCUGGGGCCCUCGGGCCCUGCCUGACCUGGUGCUUUUUCCCCCAUCCCUAUGUUCCUUUUAUUCUGUAAAAAGUUAGUGGACUGCAGCCCUGGGGGCUGCAGGCUGCGGUGCCUCAGGCCACUCCUUCAGCCUGUGGCCACCUCUGGGGCAUGAUGGGAGCUCCCCACUGCCUAGUCUCUGCCCCUCAGGUUGGGGGGGCAUCCCAGGCCUCUCUGUGGGACCUUGGCCCCUGACGGGCCUUCUCAGCCCCUUCUGAGGACAGACAGUCCCCCCUUCACAGUCCCCUGAGGUAGGCUACGUCCCCCCACCCCAGCUGGUCUGCUUGGAUUUCCUACAGCCCCCCUGGGCAUGGACCACCUUUAUUUUAUACAAAAUUAAAAACAGUUUUUACAAAA